CUAUUCCAGCUCCGUUAUCCUUUGAUAUUGUUUAUAUAUAGCUUGUCGAGUAGCGAAGAACAAGUAACAAACAUCCAGUCACUAUUCACUUCAAAUCUAGUCAAGAUGUCUAUCGUCGUAUCUCCCGUGUCAUCUCCUACUAAUAUUAAAGAUGUGGCAUUGGAUAAUUUUGGACUAUCAAAAGAUCAGGAAAAGAUAAAGGAGUAUUUCAGAUCUCUUGCAGUUGGGGUUCGCCAAGUAGAUGAUCCAUUCUUUGAUGAAGGCAACGAAGUCUGUGGUAUAUAUAAAAAGAUUGGAAUUAUUGAUGAAGAUGAAGAAGAUCUUUGUCAUGAAGUGAUGAAAACUUUCAAAUGUGAUGUACCAAACUGCCAAUUGGAAUUUGAUAAUCUGCUGAAUUAUGAUCUACAUUACAAUUCAAGUCACAGAUAUUCUUGCUCUGAGUGCAAAAAGCAACUUCCAUCACCACAUCUCUUGGAUUUGCAUAUUUCUGAAACUCAUGAUUCAUUCUUUAAAGCUGCAUCAGAAAGAAAGCCAAUGUUCAAAUGCUUUGUGGAGGAUUGUCCUGCUGUCAGCUUGACUCCAAAAGAUAGGAGAAGUCAUUGCAUCGAAGAUCAUAAAUUUCCACAUGAUUUUAAAUUUGAUGCAGGACGGUAAGAAAAUCACCCAAAAAGAAAACCAAUACAUCUAAAAAGGAAUCAUCUGAAAUUGAAGUUAAACCAGGUAGUAGCAGUGGAUCUUUCACAUUUGGUCAUAAGAAAACAGGCAAAACUUUCAUGUCAACAAAUAAAAAUAAAAAACCUGAGAAACCAAUCGAAUUACAAGAAUUGAUGGAAACCCUUCCAUCAAUUUCUGACAAACCUGAAUAAAAUGGUGGCUUUCUGUUCAUUAAUUAUGAGUUACAUGUUAAUUAUGUAUGUCCUUAGUAUUCUACAAUAUUUUGCAAUUAUUAUUGAAUAUAUUUUUGAUAAAACUUAUCUAACAACCCAUAAUAUGUACACUUUUUUAAAAAAAUAAUAUGUUUAGAUUUUUCUUGAAAACAUAUUAAAACAAAAUGUGUUCUGCUUCACUACUACUGAUUCAAUUAUUCAUUGUGAAUUAUAUAACAACUUAAAAAUUUGGUAACUUUACACUAGAACUUAUUGAAUUUGUAACUAAUAUAUAUCAGGUUAAUAAUAAUGGAUGUAAUUAUUGUAACUUUCAGAUUAAAAAUUUCAGAAAUAA